CUUUCGUCUAGCAUGUGUUGCUUGACAUUUCCUGAUCAAUUAAAUGGAAUAAAUAAUGAUAGAUUUUAUAAAAUUUAGACCGUGAUUUAUUUAUUCUUUGUCUAUUUAACUUACUGAAAACUUAUAUAAUAUUAUAUUUAUGCAUAAUUUUCUAGGAAUUGAAAAUUAAUUUGGUUUUAGUUUCGAAAUCUAAAAAAGAGUUAUGAAUAAGUCCCAAUAUACUCCGGUUCGACCCCCACGGGGGUCAAAAGUGAAUAAAGAUACGAGUGGACGUCUGAUGAAUAUUAUUGCAGAAUUAUCUGUCAGUAAAAACAAUGAUGACAGGAAAAGGAAAAUGCUAGAGCUGAAAAAAGAUUUUGAUGCUUGUGAUAGUAGAUUGGUAGAACUGAUAUCAGGUCAUAGAGAACAGCUAUCAAUUACUAUGGAAUCUUUCAGUAAAAUAUCUGCAAAAAUUAACAGUAGUAGACAGGGUUGUCGAUUAGUUACAGAGAAACUUACUGCUUGCAAAAAACUUCUAGAAUGCAAAAGAGAUGAAAUUCGGAGGCUUCGUGCAGAAUCAGUGGAACAUAGAGAAGUUAUAAACAUGCUCAGGGAGAUCAAUGAUUUAAACCAAGUUCAUGGGAAUGUUGAAGCUUAUUUGAAGGAAGAGCAAUUUUUAAAAGCUACUGAAUUACUUGUAUCAUCAUUGAAUCUUAUGAAUGGCAAAUUGGCUGGUGCAGAAGGUCUAAAGGACUUAAAAUCAGAACUUAUUACUCUCAGAAAAAAAAUACAUGAAAAAUUGGUACAAGAAAUCCAUAAGCAUCUUUAUAUGACUCCUGAAAAUGUAUUUUUGCACAAAACUUCUGAAUUUGACAUUAAAGCAAAAAGUUAUGAAGAAACAUUUACUCAUAAUCGACUUGUUAUAAAAUUGCCAGUAGAGGGCACUUCUUGUGAUUUCUCUAAAGAUAUUAAUUAUCAGCAAAUUGCAAUUACAUUAAAAUGCAUUGCAUUGCUAGACAGUUUGUCAGAAACUGUUGAGAUUUUGAAAGAGAACUGUUCAAAAGAACUUAUGAAAAUUGUUCGUAAUUCUACUGAAGUUAUGUACAAUAUGAUUCCACAAAAUUCAACAUAUGCUUGUGAGAUGCAGCCAUUAUUUUCUGGAGUUUUAAGCAAAAAUCAGCCACCACAAUUUCUUUUAGAUUUACUGAAUUCUAUUUUAAACCAGUUUCGACAAGUUGCUGUAAAUUAUUAUGCUUUAUUAGACAAUCUUGAGCGAAUUUCAAUGACAAAAGCCGCAACUGAUGUUCCUCAACAAUAUGAAAUUGCAGAUAUUUAUUCAAAACUGCAAGCCACUGUAGAACUGUUUGUCUCUGAUUAUCUUGAUCUUCAUAGUGCUGUUAGUCAAAGGACUACUGCAGCCUUUGCUAAAGUGCCAGCAGCUUUCUCUGAUAUAUCUUCAUUUUUCCUCCGUAAAACAGUAACAAGAACAAAAAAGCAAUCAUUGUUCAAGUUUGAUAGUUCCUCUCAUGCAAUCAAUAAAAAGACAUAUUUACAGGAACAAAAAGAUUCUAUGAAGGAGAAGGGCGAAUUGGAUUCUGUUGAAGUUGGAGAUAGGCAAAUUUUGGUGUGCCAACCUACAGCAAAAAAUAUCACAUUAAUUUACAAAACUCUUCGGAAGUUCAUUGCUGAUAUUGAAGUGGCUCUUCAAUUAGAAUCCGGAAAUUGCACUUUACAUUCCUUUCUUAUUGAUUGCGUAAAAGUGUUUUUGGACCAAGUAAGCAUUGAAGUGAACAAACUUUUGGAAAGAAUCACAACUAGCCUUGAAACAUGGCAACCUGUGACAGAUCCUGAAGAAUUGAAAUUAUCUGAAGCCAAAACAUCUAUCUUAAAAAGCACACUAGCUUUGAAUUCUUGUUUAAUGGAAAUGGAAGAAUAUGUAAAUGCCUUACCAGAUUAUUCAAGCUAUUUUUUGCAGUUGAUAUGUCAUGUUUUGCAGUCAUAUAAAGAUCUAUCAUAUGGAGCAUAUAAAAGUCUAAUUUAUCCUGACUCAGAGGAUCAGCGAAUUUUCAGUUUAACUUGGACUAGAGAUGAAGAUAUUAGCCGACUUUUGAGGUCACUUCCAAACUGGACAACAUUGAAAGUCAAUGAUGAUUCUACUGUUGAAGGAGAACAUAAUUUUGAAGAAUCACCAGAAGAAAUAAGAUUUAGGAACAAAGAAGAAUCAGAAUUGCUCAUUCGUAAUUUAUCAUCUGCUAAAGAUUCAAUCUCUAUUAAUGAAAUUAUUUCUGAUCAUAGUAAAUUGCGAAAUUUGGCAUUGAUGCAUGAAAGCAUGGAAUGGUUCUCUUCACGCAUACUAGCCUUUGCUCAGAGAUUACCUGAUGUUCAAGGAAGUGUAAGAUCUUUAUUGCCUGAUAAAGCAAAUGAUGAAGGUGAUAUGGAGAUAUCUGUUGGAAUGUCAACAAAAGUAUCUCUAAAGAAAUUAGCUGAAGAUUUUGAGGAUCUUGCAGAUACUUGUCUUCUUGUUAUUCAUUUGGAAAUCCGUGCCCAUUGUUUCUAUUACCUCCUGCAGCUUUCCAAACAAGGAUCUUAUGUCAGUCGAAAGGAUGAUGAAGAACCUGAACCAGAAAUAUUGAAACUGAAUGCUGACUUAACUAAAAUUGAUGAAUCUCUCAGUCCAAUUUUACAGUUGAAAAAAAUGAGAUAUGUCUUUGAAGGACUUGGAGAAUUGCUAUCAACUAUAUUAAUCAAUAGUAUUAACAACAUGAAGAAGAUAAAUGAAAAUAAAGUGAAAAAAAUGGGACGUAAUAUUUUUGCUAUUCAACAAAAUUUGGCUGGUAUAACAAUGACAAGGGAAGUAGCUUUAGACAGAGCCAGGCAAUUCUUUGAAUUAUUGAAUCAUAAUUAUGAGGAGAUCUUAAACCAGAUUGUGGAAAAAGGACCUCAGUUUCAAGAACAUGAAUAUUCUGCUCUUAUUCAAUUGAUACAUAAUAACCGAGAAGGAAUUUAUGAGCAAGAACCAGUAUCUGUUUAUUUGGAAAAGCUGCGUCAAAUUUUGGAUGAAGUUCCUGUCUCUGUUUAAACAUUCUACCAUUCAUUCACUUAUUGUUCCAAACAAAAUAUGGGACCAUAUGUGCAUGUCUGUUAUAGAUUUUCUUUUACUUCUUUUCAAAGUGAAUAAAUAUUAUUUUACAAGUUCUGUACAUGGAAGAAUGUGAUUCUAAUGUUGUAAAUGAAUUAUUCAUUGUUUUUGGAAUCAUGUAGCAUUUUAUAAUAUGUUUAUUCAUUUUGUGGCAAUGCUGAGAAUUAUUAUUUAAUAGGUUUAUUUAUAUCAGACAGUUAUUUAUCUGAAAAUACAUUUUUAUAAUAAAGAGAUUAAUUUUUAUAUUCA